AUGGGGCGAUUUCACUAUUUGCUGGGCCUAUUGCUCUUGUUCAUAUCCUCAUUACUAUGGCUUGCCUCAAGUCUACGAAAAGAUUCCAGCAUUGCGCUUACAUAUGGCUCGUGUGCCUGCGCGGAGGACGACAAUCCAAACCAGUCGACUAUAGAUGCUGAUAUCAACCCUCCACAGCCGUUAAAUAUCACAAUUCAAGACGAAAAGCCGAUCUCGCCUCCACAAAAGCCGAGCUACCUCCCAAUUACAAAUACACAAUAUACAGCCCAGUCUGCAUUCCCGUUGAAGUUAUGGCAGAAGUCUGGCUCAAAAGGAAUCGGCCCGGACCGCUGGAACGACAUUCAGAGCUGGCUGAAAGAAAAUCCAACCCUACGGCAUGAGAUUCUCACAGACGGCAGCGCUGACGAGUACGUCCGCGACAAUUUCGCCGACUAUCCAGAGAUCCGCGAUCUCUACCUCUCAUUGCCGGUUCCCAUCUUGAAAGCCGACCUACUUCGGCAACUGAUUUUAUAUAACGACGGGGGAAUUUGGAGUGAUCUUGAUGUUACUUGCCACAAACCAAUCAGUACAUGGAUUCCGGAGGAAUACCGGAACAGAACGAACGUGGUCGUGGGGUUAGAAUUUGACGGAUCACAGUUCGCAAGUUGGACGGUUAUGUCGAAGCCAAAGACAAGCCACUCCGUGGCUGUGGUAAAAUACGUUAUUGAGAAACUACAAGCCUCUGCUGCGGAACACAAUCGAACUACGGCGGAGCUCAACAUGACAAUGAUUUCAGAUGUGGUCGAUGUCACAGGCCCGCAAGCAAUGACUGUUGCCAUAUUACGGAACCUCGAGCAAGAGAUGGGUGUUCCGGUUGGACGAGCGAACAUCUCCAAUAUUAUGGUGCCAACCCUCUUACAAGAUGUGCUUGUCUUGCCCAAUGCGGCUUUCGCUGCUCUUCAGGCUGGACAUCCUGAGGAUCGGGGCCCGUAUCUCGUAGAGCAUCACUAUGCGGGCUCUUGGAAGAAUGUCCAUGGUGGUGAAGGGCAGUAG